UAUCGGCAGCUCUUCGAGUUGGGUUCAGUGAACGAAAUGGACAGAGAAUGGGGUUCGAAGCCGGGAAGCGGCGGCGCCGCCUCCGCCCAGAACGAGGCAAUCGACCGCCGUGAGAGGUUGCGCCGGCUGGCUUUAGAGACCAUAGACCUCGCAAAAGAUCCUUAUUUCAUGCGAAAUCAUCUCGGAAGCUAUGAAUGUAAGCUUUGCUUGACGUUACACAACAAUGAAGGGAAUUACUUGGCUCACACUCAAGGAAAACGGCAUCAGACUAAUUUAGCUAAAAGAGCUGCUCGUGAAGCUAAGGAUGCUCCUGCUCAACCUCAGCCUCAUAAGCGCAAAGUUACUCUCAAAAGAAAUGUUAAAAUUGGUAGGCCUGGCUACCGAGUGACCAAGCAAUUUGAUCCGGAAACAAAACAAAGAUCUCUUUUAUUCCAGAUUGAAUAUCCUGAGAUUGAAGACAACACAAAGCCAAGGCACCGAUUCAUGUCCUCAUUCGAGCAGAAAAUCCAACCAUUUGACAAAAGAUAUCAGUUUCUUCUGUUUGCUGCUGAACCAUAUGAGAUCAUUUCAUUUAAGGUUCCAAGCACUGAGAUUGACAAAUCAACUCCCAAGUUUUUCUCACAUUGGGAUCCAGACUCGAAAAUGUUCACUUUGCAGUUAUACUUCAAGACUAAGCCACUGGAGAUUAACAAGCCACCAACUGCUCCUACAGACAACGGGUUGUCAGCACCAGGUGCCUCAUCCAGGCCUCUACCUCCACCACCCCAAGCUCCACCUCCACCUCCACCACAAGGUCUUCCUCCUGGAGCUCCAAAUCCUCCACCCAGAGGCCCACCAUCUGGAUCAAUGCCUCCACCCCCUCCCCCUAUGGGUAACGGACCUAGACCUAUGCCACCAGGAGGUAACUUACCUGCCCCACCACCUCCUCCCGUUGGUGGUGGAGCUAUGGCUAAUUUCACUCCAGGUGGACACAUGGGGAGACCUCCAAUGAUGCCUCCACAAGGUUUUCCAGGUCAACAACAGAUGCAAGGCCAAGGAAUGCGCCCACCACCUCCACCACCCAACAUGGGUUGAUGAACCGAAGUCAUAGAACCUACCUUUUACUGCAUGGAAGAAAAUUCGUCUUUUCGUGCUGAUGAUUUUUGAGUUUGUCGUUUUCGGCCAUUUAAAUCUUACAAAAUCAUUUAUGUUGCCAGAAACUGUUGUUAUCUGUUAGGCCGACUCGUUUAUCUUUGAAGGCUUUUGAGAAUGUAAUAGAAUACCAUUUUAAAAGUAUCUUAUUGUUUUUCAGAUCCUAAGAAAUUAAAAAGCAAAUUUGUUGCCAACUUCUAAAA